AUGGCGGCGUCGGUGGUGUACGACAACGUCGCGGAGGGCGUCAAGCUCGAGACAGGUCGUUUGUUCGAGAGCAGAAAGUUCUGGGUCGCCCAGCACGUGCCCCACCGUAGUGCGCUGCUGGACCUGAUCAGAGCUAAUGGCGGACACAUUACGCUGCUGGAGAAGCAGGCCGACUGGAUGAUCGCAGACCAUUUUCGAAAGGGCUGCCCGCCUGCAUCGAUCAGCUACGAGUUCGUGCACAAGUCCGUCGCAAAGGGCGAGAUCCUCGACCCCAGCGACUUCCCAGCAGGGCCGAGGAUAGGCACGGCACGCGACCCUGGGUCUUUGGUCAGGCCUGCCAAGGGCGCGAGAAAUGCAUACACACCUGACGAAGACCGUAUCCUCUACAACUGGGUCAAGGAUGCCGCCGCCGCGGGCGUUGCCACCAGCGGGAACGAGCUGUACAAGCAGCUGGAGCAGAAGUGCCCGCGACACACAUGGCAGUCGUGGCGCGACCGCUACCUCAAGCAGCUUCAAGGUCGUCCCGCUUCUGCCUUCAGCGUCCCAGCUGACACGCCGCCUUCAGACCAAUCGUCGAGGGCGGACGAAGCACCUGUAGAAAAGAAGGAAGCGCUUGUCAAGGACAAGGAGCAAGUCUGGUCAACCACCGAGCCAGAGGCCUGCAUCAGCGAAGAGCAAGCUGCCAGCGAUGAGUACACCGUCAAACAGUUGGCCGCAACCUUCAGUACCGAGGACUGGGAAGAGUUGUAUGCUCUUGUUGACCACAUCGACAACCUCUCGAAAGACACCCUGUCCUACCAGGCCUCGUGGGCCAACUGGGCCAAAGAUAUGGAUAAUCAAACGGCCGCACAGUGGCAGCAGUACUACGAAAAGAUAGUCAGGCCACAGUGGUUGCGUGAUCCAGUUUCGAAGAGGGAGCGCAUCAGGAAGAGAGUCGAAGAGAAGCACCUGAACGAUAGCUCGAGUCCAAACAAGAGUCAGAGCUGGAGCCAGGCACAAGACAAGACGGUCGAUGCGUUGCAGACAGCACCAGACGCAUUGCGGUCCGAUUCGAGACUGGAGUCUGACUUGACUGCACAGCAUGAGACGCCGAAUUACAUCAGAGACGGCUACGAGUCGGCAUUCAAGCGGAUACGGGGCGACUUGGAUGAUGUCCCAGAGGCCGCAGAAGCCGUCCGGCCGGCAAAGAGGAGGAGGGUCAGCCUGUCUCCAACGCUCGUCAAGAUGGAAGAGCCGGUGGAUGUUGUCGGCACCCGAGAGCAGCCAUUGAAGAUCCCUUCCACUACGAGUUCCCGUCAAACAAGCGCUGAGCCGCAAUUAUCAGAGGUGACGCAUCCUCACGCGCAAGUGAUUGACGAAGCGGACGAUACUGAGAGCUUGUUGUCAGAAGACGGUUUUGCCCAUCCGCCUCGACCGCCAAUAGUGUUGCAAGACGAAGACGACCUCGAAAGCACAGCCUCCUCUAUCGACUUAGCACACAUCGCCCCUCUUCCUCGACCGCUCCAGGUCCCAGAGACUGAAGAAGACGAUGAACACCUUCCCUCCAACACACCCACCCCACGCGCCUCCAAAUACACCACUUUCGACACCCAAGCUAAUCUUUCCUCGCCCUCGCAGCUCCCACGCCCGCCCGUUGACUCCUCCCCACCACAUCAUCCCGAGUCCGACGCCUCAACCACCCAGUCCAUCGAGGAAUUCCGCCGAUCGCUGCUCGAAGACGACCCCUCGACGCAAACCGAACGCCGACUCCCUCGCCUCCCACGUCCCGCCUCACCAACACCAUCCACAACCUCGUCAGCAUCCAGCACCACCUCAGCGGACCCAGACGAGCCGCUCCUCGCCGACGAAAUCGACGACUUCUUCACCUCCCAGCACGCCGCCGGCUUCUCCGACGAGUUCAUCGCCAAAGCCCUCAAGCGGACACGUUUCCGCCCCGGCCUCGCCACCGCCGUGCUCGAAGCGUGGAAGCACGGCCUCCCUCUGCCGUCCCAGCGCGGUAUCUGGAGCGCCGAGGACGACGAGCAGGUCGAGCGCGGCGACGGACUUUGUCUUACGCGGCUGGCGGAGAAGCACACGCUUGACGGGUGGGGUGGCAUUACGGAGCGGCUGAACUGGCUGCGUGCGUGGCGGCAGUGA